AUGCAAUUCACGUCUGUGUUCCUGACUCUCGUUACCGCGGCGCUCGCAGCGCCCGUCGGCAGCCCGACUGUUGACGAGGCCGUCAAGGUGCGCGCUGUCGAGGAGAGCGUCGCCACUCACCCACCGCUCCGAGCGGGCUCUGCCUACGAGGACAUUGCCGAUGCCUUGGUCUUGCGAUCUGAGAACAAGCCUGCCAGAGCCGUGAGUCGAUCGAGCAAGGAUGCGACUCCAAUAUCAUGUACUGAAAGAUCCUGCAAGGUCGACGUCGAAGCCAGCGUAGCCACCCAUCCUCCACUCCGAGCCGGAUCGGCUUACGAGGACAUCGCUGAUGCCCUCGUCCUUCGAUCUGAGAACAAACCUGCCAGAGCUGUGAGCCAGUCACGCAAAGACGAAAGUAAAAAGCAGCGUACUAAUCAGUCUGAUAAGGUCGAUGUCGAAGCCAGCGUGGCUACUCAUCCUCCUCUCCGAGCCGGCUCGGCUUACGAAGACAUUGCCGACGCUCUGGUCUUGCGGUCUGAGAACAAGGUCGCCAGAGUGGUCGACGUUGAGGCCAGUGUAGCCACCCACCCACCACUUCGGGCUGGAUCGGCUUAUGAGGACAUUGCCGAUGCCUUGUCAUAA